AUGUGGAACUCGCGACGAGUGGGAAUCCUCGGCGGCGGCCAGCUGGGUCGCAUGCUGGUGGAGUCGGCGAAUCGAUUGAACAUCCAGGUCAACAUUUUGGAUGCUGAGAAUGCUCCGGCGAAGCAGAUCAGUGCCCACGACGGCCAUGUCGAGGGCUCGUUCAAGGAACCAGACGCGGUGCGGCAACUUGCGAAGACGUGUGACGUUGUCACGGCCGAGAUCGAACAUGUCGACACCUAUGCCCUCGAGGAAAUCGCGUCCGAGGUCCGGGUUGAGCCCAGCUGGCAAGCGAUCCGAAUCAUUCAGAACAAGUUCAACCAGAAGGAGCAUUUGUCCAAGUAUGGGAUCCCCAUGGCGGAGCAUCGCGAGUUGGUCAAGAACACUCCCGAAGAAUUGGCUGCUGUCGCCGACCAGCUGGGAUAUCCCCUGAUGCUGAAGUCCAAGACAAUGGCGUACGAUGGUCGGGGAAAUUAUCGUGUGAACAGCAAGGAAGAUAUUCCUGCUGCGUUGGAGGCGCUGAAGGAUCGACCUUUAUACGCGGAGAAAUGGGCAUACUUCAAGAUGGAGCUGGCAGUUAUGGUUGUUAAGACCAAGGACGACGUUCUCUCUUAUCCUACCGUCGAGACCGUCCAGGAGGACUCAAUCUGCAAAUUGGUCUAUGCCCCCGCCAGAAACGUCCCCGAGGCGAUCAACCAAAAGGCCCAGGAACUGGCCCGCCAGGCCGUGGCGGCCUUUGACGGCAAGGGUGUUUUCGGUGUCGAGAUGUUCCUUCUCGAAGACGACAGCCUGAUUCUCUGCGAGAUCGCCAGCAGAAUCCAUAACUCUGGCCAUUACACCAUCGAAGGCUGCCCGCUCUCCCAGUUCGAUACCCAUAUCCGCGCCAUCCUUGACCUCCCCAUCCCUCCCAAAAGCCUCGAGCUCCGUCAGCCCUCUAUCAUGCUAAACAUAAUCGGCGGGGCCACCCCGGACUCGCACUUGAAGGCCGCUGAGCACGCUCUUUCGAUCCCCAACGCGAGCAUUCAUCUCUACAGCAAAGGUGCGGCCAAGCCCGGCCGCAAAAUGGGUCACAUCACUGUGACCGCACCGACCAUGCACGAGGCCGAAACGAUGAUUCAACCACUGAUCGACGUCGUUGAUGACAUCCGCGCUCAGCGUACCGACAUUAAGACCCAGCCGCAGAAAUCGGGCCCCUCGAAGCCUGCCCCGACCGUCGGAGUCAUCAUGGGAUCCGACAGCGAUCUCAAAACCCUGGUCCCCGGGUUGAAGCUCCUGCGCGACUACUUUGGCAUCGAACCCGAGGUGGACAUCACCUCCGCCCACCGCACCCCUAACUACAUGGCCGAAUACGCCGCCAGCGCUGCGUCCCGCGGCAUCAAGGUCAUCAUCGCCGCCGCCGGUGGUGCGGCGCAUCUCCCCGGCAUGGCCGCUGCGCACACUGCACUGCCCGUGAUCGGUGUCCCCGUCAAGGGCAGUGCCUUGGACGGAGUGGACAGCCUGUACAGUAUCGUUCAGAUGCCUAGAGGUGUUCCCGUCGCUACGGUAGGAAUCAACAACAGCGUCAACGCGGCCCUUCUUGCCGCCCGCAUUCUGGGUGCUUUUGAACCCGCUAUCCAGAGAAAGGUGGAAGCGUACGCUGAGAGCGCCCGCGUGGAGAACCUCAACCUCAAGGGGAUCAAGAUGCGGGAGCUUGGAUGGGAAAAAUACUUUGAGCAGAUGUGAGAGUCACAUUGUAUCUUGGAAGUUUAGAUUAUCUAGAAUUAUAUAAAAAUUUUUAACGCCG